UAUUUUAACACAGAAGUAGAUCAACAAAUGCUGAGUUAUAAUCCAGGAAUCUACAACUGCUCCAUCCCUAACAUCUUCCAAGCUGAUCUCCAAAAUCUGCAGAAGCUCUGCACAGGGUCCAGGCUGCCCUCAGUCCCUUUGCGUCACCUCUCCAAACUGCAGUCAGCUCAUGGGGAAACCUUUCUUCACUUUGCAAAGUCACAAUCAUACAUAGAUGAUAUCUAUGUGGCCUGGAUGGCUCAGGAAUUGAAGACGGAUUUGUUGGCUGAAUCCUGGCAGCAUUCUGGCCGAAAACUUCCCUCAAAUUGCUCUCUUGACUACCAUGUCUACAACAUUAACCUAAUAGGGACACCAUUGAAUUCCAGUUUUUAUUCCAUUAAUGAUCAUUCCAAAUGGGCUGUUUCAAAGGAAUACAAAGAUCAGUGGACCUGCAUUGGAGACUUAAACCGCGCUGCCGAGCAAGCUUGGAGAAGUGGUGGAUUCAUCUGCACACAGAAUGAACACAUCUACAAAGCAUUCAGGCAUUUGAUAAGCCACUAUGAAAGUUGCACUGAUGCUUCCACACUGAUAUAAUGAACCAUUCCUUUGAAACAGCACAGCCCUUGUUAUAGAGAAAGCCUAAGAAACAUCUCCUUUAAACUAUAUUUUCACUUUGAAAAAUAGCCCUGCGAGUCACCAGCAGUGUUAGACCUUCACCUUGUUAGCUAUAAAAGCAGGUGGUUUGCAGGUAAAUGGUGGCUGUUUUUCUCUGGGUGGUGGACCAGCAGGCUCUCUGUGGUGCUGAGCCACUCUCUGCUCUCUCCUCAGCUCUGGGCUGUGAUGCUGCUGCACAAGCUGCACCAAAACACCUUGCUGUGAGCCACUGUGCAGAGGUGUCUCAGGGAAUUUGUGAGUGAUGUUGGGCUUGGAAUGGGAGGAACAACAGAAACCUCUUGUUAGGCUGUUGGGAAGGGUCACUUAGCAAGAGCAAAGUACCCCAAAAUGUUUCAGAACUGCCCAUAUUCCAGUCCCUGUUGUAAUCAGUGACAGCAUUUCUGCUCAUUUCAGUCAUGGUCAAUCUCUUAACGAGCUGAUGUAGCUGGAUACAGACAGGGAGUGGAGUAGAUCUCUGGAGAGGAAGGCUUAAUUUUUACAUGAUUAAUUUUUAGAGAAGAAAUGAGUUUAAAUCAUUUGUAACCAAUGGUUUGGGAUUAUUUCUAGUACAUAUAUUCAUGUCCAGCUAUCUUAAAAGCAAAUAAACAUGUCCAAAAUAGUAAUAAGCAAAAUAAAUGAAGAGCUAAAAUGGUC